AUGUUGACAGCAAUUGGCAGGGCCGCCGCCCGCCGAGUCCUGCUCCCCAGCAGAACGGCCUCAUCUAAGCUCACACAGCUCCCCCGUGGAUCCGUGGUGUUCCGCCUCCCCAAUGCUUCGACUGUGUUUGCUGCCGCUCGGCCCUUGAGCGUGUCGGCUUGGCUGCGGGAACCAACCAAGACUGCUAGCACUGGAAAGACAAAGAAGACUACGGCAACGAAGAAGAAGACCACUACGACAAAGAAGAAGACUACUGCAACAAAGAAGAAGGCCAAGAAGGUUGCGGCGCCGAAAAAGAAGGCUAAGAAGGUGCUGUCGCCUGAGGAGCAGGAUAAGGCGGAUCUGAGGCUGUUGAAGAAGAUGGCUCUGCUGAAGGGACCGGCAUUGCUUCCUGACUCGGCGUGGUCUGUGUUUGUGUCGAAUAACAUUGCCACUGGACAGGGGAAGUUGACGGAUCAGAUUAAGGAUGUUUCAGCGAAGUUUUCGGGGUUGUCUGUAUCUGAAAAAGAGGCCCUUGAAUCCACUGCGCAAUCGAACAAGAACGCCAACAAGACGACACGCGAGAAAUGGGUCACCGACUACCCCGUCGAAGCCAUCUACAUGGCUAAUAUUGCCCGACGCCGCAUUGCGCGCAAACUCGACAAGUCACGCCUAUAUCUUAUUCACGACGAGCGCCUGCCCAAGCGUGCCCGCACCCCGUACAUCCUGUUCAUUAUGUCACGCUACUCCCACGUCCACAGCCAGUCUGCCGAUGCUCGGCCCCAGGAUACAUUCCGCGCGAUGAGCGAGGAGUGGAAAGCCUUGUCCGAAUCGGAGAAGCAGCCGUUCAAAGAGGCGUCGACGUUGGAGGUGCAGCAGACACAGGUGCAGCUGAAGGAGUUGAAGGAGAAGGCAAAGGCGUAUUGGAAGGCACAAGGAAUUAGUUCUACCCAAGUGUUUUAA